AUGGCGAAAGCCCCCUGCCAAGAAAAGCCCCUUGCUCAUGGAACACGCGCAGCAAAGAGGGAGGAUACGGUGGCUGUAAGCGGAGACGCGAAGGCCCAGCGGGACAACACUGCAAAACUGGUCACUGUUGGCCGAAACGUGUGGAUGCAUGUGAUGCUGCCGAGAGAACUUCUAAAACAAGUGCCAAAAUCCCAUCUAAUGUCUGAAGAAGAGUGGAGACGACUUGGUGUUCAGCAAAGUCUUGGCUGGGUUCACUAUAUGAUCCAUGAGCCAGAACCACAUAUUCUUCUCUUCAGAAGACCUCUUCCAAAGGAUGAGCAGAAAUGA